GUUAUGGAGGGGGCGGGAUCUGCAGGGAAGUGCGUCAGAGGAGGUGCAGGGAGAGUAGGGCGCUGUGGUCAGAGCUUGAGGGUGAAGCUGGCGGAGUAGGAGGAUGGGCGAGCAGUCUGAAUGCCAGAAUGGAUAACCGUUUUGCUACAGCAUUUGUAAUAGCUUGUGUGCUUAGCCUCAUCUCCACCAUCUACAUGGCAGCCUCAAUUGGCACAGACUUCUGGUAUGAAUAUCGAAGUCCGGUUCAAGAAAAUUCCAGCGAUUUGAACAAAAGCAUCUGGGUCAGCUUCGCUAGUGAUGAGGCAGAUGAAAAGACUUAUAAUGAUGUACUUUUUCGAUAUAAUGGCACAGUGGGAUUGUGGAGACGGUGUAUCACUGUACCCCAAAGUGUAGAGUGGAAUAACCAAGAAAGGACAGAGUCAUUUGAUUUGAUUACAAGAUGCAUGAGUUUCACACUAAGUGAGCAGUUCAUGGAGAAAUUUGUUGUUCCUGGAGAUCAAAAUGCCGGGAUCGAUCUUCUUCGGACCUAUCUUUGGCGUUGCCAGUUCCUGUUACCUUUUGUGAGUCUAGGUUUGAUGUGCUUUGGGGCCUUGAUUGGACUCUGUGCUUGUAUCUGCCGAAGCUUGUACCCCACCAUUGCCACGGGCAUUCUCCAUCUUCUUGCAGGUCUGUGCACACUGGGCUCAGUGAGUUGUUAUGUUGCUGGAAUCGAACUCCUCCACCAGAAACUGAAGCUGCCUGAGAAUGUGUCCGGGGAAUUUGGAUGGUCCUUCUGCCUGGCCUGUGUCUCAGCUCCCUUACAGUUCAUGGCUUCUGCCCUGUUCAUCUGGGCAGCUCACACCAACCGGAAAGAGUACACCUUAAUGAAGGCAUAUCGUGUGGCGUGAGGGGGAGGCCAGCUGCUUUACAAUUGCCAUUUUAAUUCUUUUUUAAGAGUAAUACUUUCCCUUGUCACCCCCUCCCAACUGUUUUUAAUUUAACAUUUUUUUGCUGAUAUUUUAUCUUGAAAAUCCACUUUAUUUAUUCACACAAUUUUUAAAAGCACUAAAAUUUAUAUGCACUAUUUGGAGUGAUUCCAUAUUUCAAACAAACUGAUCUAGGGUCUGAGUCCAGACAGAAGGAGGCGGGUGGGCACUUGGCACAAGUUGGUUACAGAAAACCAGUGGUGGGGAGUUGACCUGGAGCACGUUCUGCUGGUGUCUGUUAGACUUUUCAGUAAAGUGAUUAAUUGUA